GAUUGUAGUACUACAGGAAAAAAUGUAAACAAUGAAGAAGAAGAGGUCAGCUGACUUAGCUAAGCUAGUCAGUUUACCAGCGAGCAGAAAGUAGCAAUAGCUUCUACAGGAGAAAAUAAAUAACGUAAUAUAUGAAAAGGAUUAUUGUCAAGCGGAUUAGAAUAUUUUGACGUUGUAUAGCUGCGUUAAUUAAAGGUGAGGUUCUAAUAACAGUAUGAAAGGUUUGUACUGCCGAGCUGGUGAGAGUGAUGCUGAGCCCAAGUUCGUCAUUCAGGAAACGAGUCUUCCAGAGGUUUUAGGCAGCCAUCUGGUCCGAGUUCAGGUAAAGGCAUGUGGACUAAGCCCAGUGGACUUCAAGCUGCUUGAGGACUUGGGGAUCCAGAGAGACCUAAUUCCUGUCGGCAGAGAGGUGGCCGGGGUCGUCAUGCAAGUGGGCGACAAGGUCUCUUUCUUCCAGCCGGAGGAUGAGGUUGUAGGCAUUCUGCCUCUGGACUCUCCCUGCUCUGGACUCUGUGAUGUCAUUGAAAUAGAUGAACACUAUUUAGUUCAGAAGCCAGAGAAGCUCAGCUCGGUGUGUGUCGCAGGAGCUCUGCGUGACGGCCUGUGUGCUCACACUGCUCUACACACACACGCUCGCAUGGCAGCCGGACACACACUCCUGGUCAUGGACGGAGCCAGCUCUUUUGGCCUUAUGUGCAUCCAGUUGGCUUGUCACCACGGAGUGAAGGUUUUAACGACAUCCCACUCGCCACAAAAACACACAUUCCUGGAGCAGCUUCGGCCCAGCGUAGGUGUUCAGGAUCCUUUAGUAGUUAAGGUUAUUCCAGUUUAUAACGGCUCAUCAGACCUGCUGCCAGUGGUUUUGGAGGAGACAGGAGGACUGGGAGUGGAUAUAGUCAUAGAUUCUGGAGUACGUCUGCACGAGGAAGAGUCAGAGAAGACAAAGCUCCUCCCACACAAACAUGACAUCAUCAGUGUGCUGGGAGUCGGGGGCCACUGGGUCACAUCCCACAAAGACCUGCAGUUGGAUCCUCCAGAUUGCAGAUUCCUGUACUUAAAAUCCGCCUCUUUGACUUUCCUCAACCAUGAAGUGUGGACGGCUUCGUCGGCUCAGCAAGGACGAUACCUCCAUAUUCUGAAGGACAUUGUGGAGAAGAUGUCAGCUGGAGUUCUCAGACCUCAGCCUGAAGAGACGGUCCCUCUCUAUGAAGCCACGGUUACCAUGGCGACUGUCCAGCGUCACCAGAAGAAAAAGGCUGUUAUUCAACUCUGACCACAGCACUCGUCUGAGAUGGGCCUGAAACCUGCCACAGCACGCAUCAUUACAGGCAGACGACAUCAGCCUUCUGUCUGUCUGGGCUAGCACCUCCAGUUCACCUAACCUGCUUGACUUGAAGCUGCAGGAAGAAUCCAUUUUCUUCUGGUUCUGAAGAAACGGUUCUAACCAACGAGCCAGCGCGGUUCCUCCAAACACAGACACCUUUGACCCCAUUCUGAAUAUGUAUGAUUUCAUGUGGCUCACGUUAAAGCCUGUCUGGUCAUUAUUCAUUACUUUAUAUUUCUUUGAGAAUAAUCCACAACACUUCAUUUGACUCCAUCAACUACACAUUUUAUCACAUAAAGACGACUGCACUACUUGCUGUCGGUGUAACUGGUGUGAUGCAAAGUUUUGCUUAUCAUCCAAAUGUACAAAUAAUUAUAAACAGGAACUGGAAUUAAAGUCGCUGUUAGAAGGCAUGUUGUGUAAUGUUGCGCUUUUUGUCUUCUGUACUUUGUAAUUACUUGAAUCUGAAACUAAUUCAACUUCUGAAUGGAAAUGAUCGAGAACUGUACAUUUUUU